AUGAACAAGGACGGCAGGUCGGGAAAAAGGCAUCGUGACGAACAAGAAGAGGAAGUAGAAAACAGGAGUGCUGGUAGUAGUACUACCGAUAGGUUAACCCAUCUGCCAAAACACAUUCUUUAUCACAUCCUUUCGUUCAUUGACACUAAAUCGUCCGUUCAGACCUGUGUACUGUCGCUGGAUUGGAACCGCGCUUGGAAACACGUCCCCGUCCUCAAUUUCGACAGGACUUCCUUCCAUCCAGCCGCGAAAUUCGACAAGUUGGUGUCCAAGGUUUUGUCCCUCCGCUACGACCUUAAACUCCGCAAGGUUGUCUACUUGAGCAACCAUGGAAGAGGCAAGGCCAGCAGGGCCCUGCAAGUCGUCGGUUAUGCGUUGUCUCAUCACGUACAAGAGUUGACCCUGGACAGCAUCAACAAUCAGUGUCGCGAUUUCAGCGUAAUAUUCUCGGACUACUGCGACGAUAAUGAGAAGACGAGGAAGAGGAAUGAUGAUCUGAAAACUCUAAACCUUUCCUGCUUCAAACUCGAGCGUGGGUUUGCGGCCUGCUCUGGCUUCCCUCCCAAUGCUGACCACCUUGAGCCUGCGAAGAUGCGAUUUGGAUUCUAUGGAUCUCGUUCUUUCCGACAACAACUUUCCCUGCUUGCAAAAUUUGCACAUGGAUCUCUGCUCUCCGAACGUGGCUCUCGGAAAUAG